AUGUCUGGGGUGAGCGACCAGAUCCCAACAGAGCCUAUCUCUGCAAUCGGAGUCCUUUCUUCACACAACAAGGCUCCACAUGACUACUAUGUUGUAGCACAAACAACAGAUGGCUCUGAUGCCGACCUGUGGAAGGACGGCCUAUUCAAAUCCAAGGUCACUCGCUACCUCUGUUUCACCAGAAAACCUGGCCCCGAUGUUGUUGUGGAUGUGAAGCUGACUGACAUUAAGGAUGCAUUGCCAGAGGGCUUCAUUGCAGUCCAAGAAACAAUGGACACAAAAGAGACUGCCAUGAGGAAAAGGAGGCUUUGUGUCAAAAUCAGCCCACGUAUGUCUGCAGAGACGGCAUUAUUUGACAUCAAGAUUGCUGCCAAAUCCAAGUAUCAUCUUGUUCACUACACCUGCCUGGGAGAGAUCAAUAACAUGGGCAUAUGGUAUCGAAUGGGAGCAGUUCCUCAUCUCCAGCCUUUGCAGGAGAGAUCAAGCACAGUUAACAGUGAAGCCUCCGUUGACAUUGAGAGCAAGAGGGCCAUCAGCAGACCGGACAUUAAGCACCAGAGCAGUAGCAGCUACACCUUGACAGCCAUGGAUGAUGUGCCCUUUGGGAUUGCGCAGCGAUUCUAUGACACCCCGAAAGAGAUGCAGCAAGUCAAUUUAAUGGGCAUUACGAUCAAAUCCCUGGCAGAGAUCGAGGAGGAAUUUCACUACAAUUUCAGCAUAGAGCGAAGCAUUAAUGCACAACAUCCCUCAACAUGA